CGAACCGGAUACUGGAAUUGUCCGUCACAGAAAGCUGUCCCCCUUUUCCGCGUGUGGAGGAUUGUUGGUGGUUUCCUUCCAAAACUGCUCCAAUAUUUAUCGCUGUCAUGGCUUCUACCGGCGGUACUUUGGAUUCUCCUGUCAAACAGAUCCAAAUUGAGGGCUUGGUGGUGCUGAAGAUCAUCAAGCACUACCAGGAAGAGGGCCAGGGCAGUGAGGUGGUUCAAGGUGUCUUACUGGGCCUGGUGGUUGAUGACCGGCUGGAAAUCACCAACUGUUUCCCCUUCCCGCAGCACACUGAGGAUGAUGCGGACUUUGAUGAAGUCCAGUACCAGAUGGAGAUGAUGCGUUCUCUACGUCAUGUUAACAUCGACCAUCUGCAUGUGGGAUGGUACCAGUCCACCUACUACGGUUCCUUUGUCAGCAGAGCGCUCCUCGACUCCCAGUUCAGCUACCAGCAUGCCAUUGAAGAGUCUGUUGUGCUCAUCUACGACCCCAUUAAGACGGCACAAGGCUCCCUGUCCCUCAAGGCCUACAGGCUCACUCCCAAACUCAUGGAGAUCUGCAAAGAGAAAGAUUUCACACCGGAAGGAUUGAAGAAGGCUAACAUUGGCUUUGAGCACAUGUUCGAGGAGGUGCCCAUUGUCAUCAAAAACUCUCACCUUAUCAGCGUCCUGAUGUGGGAGCUGGAGGACAAGUCCACAGUCGCCGACAAACACGAGCUGCUCAACCUAUCAAGCAGUAACCAUUUGGAGAAGAGCCUUCAGCUCCUGAUGGACAGAGUGGAUGACAUGAGCCAAGACAUCGUCAAAUAUAACACCUACAGCCGCAAUCUAAGUAAACAGCAGCAGCAGAAGCACCAGUACCUCCAGAGGCGGCAGCAGGAAAAUGCUCAACGCCAGAGUCGAGGGGAGGCGCCGUUGCCCGAAGAGGACAUCACCAAAAUGUUCAAGCCCCCCCAGCCUCCACCCCGCAUGGACACGCUGCUCAUCGCAGGGCAAAUUAACAACUACUGCCAGAACGUGAAGGAAUUCACCUCGCAGAACCUUGGGAAGCUGUUCAUGGCAGAGGCUCUCCAAGGCCACAACUAGAUGAGACGACCAGAGAGCACAGUGGAAGAAUACAUGAAAAUAAAACUAGCUUUGUUUAUUCCCUGCUCAUCUAGUCGUCGUUUACGCCAUUUUGCAUACAAAUUCAUCUUUGAUUUAAGAUCGAAAUAAAAGUGAAACAGCU